CUGAGUCCCGUCCCGGGGAUUGGGCCGGCAUGCCCGCCGGGGAGGACACCCUCGGAGUGACGGCCGCUCCUGGAGCAGAUGGGGGGUUCUGAGAACAGGAGGGUUCCUGCCGUCUCCGGCCUCUGAGUCUUGGGGAGAGGAGGCCUUUCACGGAGUGCGGAAGGACAGGGAACAGUCCUCCCCCCCCCCCCAAGACCAGUCAGCAAGCCUGGGGGUUUCUCAAGAUGAGGGGGCACAGGGGUCCACCUGAGGGACUCAAAGAAUUGGAGUGGCUCUGGAUGUACAUACAGCAGCUCAGCUAUCUGGCUUCAUGUGAAAGAUGGCUAAUGCAGAAGUGAGUGUCCCCGUAGGAGAUGUGGUUGUGGUGCCCACUGAAGGAAAUGAUGGGGAGAACCCUGAAGACACUAAAACCCAAGUGAUCUUGCAGUUACAGCCUGUGCAGCAAGGGAUUUAUGAAGCCGGGUCGGAGAACAACACAGCAGUUGUAGCAGUAGAAACUCACACAAUACACAAAAUUGAAGAAGGAAUUGACGCAAGCACUAUAGAAGCAAAUGAGGAUAUGGAAAUUGCUUACCCUAUAACUUGUGGAGAGAGUAAAGCCAUUCUCCUCUGGAAGAAGUUUGUAUGUCCAGGAAUAAAUGUGAAGUGUGUCAAGUUCAAUGAUCAGUUGAUCAGCCCCAAGCAUUUUGUUCAUCUGGCUGGCAAGUCUACUCUGAAGGACUGGAAGAGAGCCAUCCGUCUGGGUGGAAUCAUGCUCAGGAAAAUGAUGGACUCCGGACAGAUUGAUUUCUACCAACAUGACAAAGUUUGCUCCAAUACCUGCAGAAGUACCAAAUUUGAUCUUCUCAUCAGCAGUGCAAGAGCUCCCGUGCCAGGACAGCAGACAAGCGUGGUGCAGACACCCACCGCGGCUGAUGGUAGUAUUACACAGAUUGCCAUCUCAGAAGAGAGCAUGGAAGAGGCGGGGCUGGAAUGGAAUUCAGCUCUCACUGCUGCUGUCACGAUGGCUACAGAGGAGGGCAUGAAAAAAGAUUCAGAGGAAAUUUCAGAGGACACUUUGAUGUUCUGGAAAGGAAUAGCAGAUGUAGGGUUGAUGGAAGAGGUUGUCUGCAAUAUACAGAAGGAAAUAGAGGAACUUCUCAGGGGAGUUCAGCAGCGGCUCAUACAGGCUCCCUUCCAGGUCUCAGAUGCUGCUGUUCUUAACAAUGUGGCACAUACAUUUGGCCUAAUGGACACAGUUAAGAAGGUUUUGGACAACAGAAGGAACCAAAUAGAGCAAGGAGAAGAGCAGUUUCUUUAUACUCUGACAGACCUGGAACGCCAGUUGGAAGACCAAAAGAAACAAGCCCAAGAUCCCAGGCUGAAGUCCCAGACGGUUCAAAAUGUGGUACUGAUGCCUGUGAGCACGCCUAAGCCUCCAAAAAGGCCCCGGCUCCAGCGGCCAGCCUCUACCACUGUCUUGAGCCCCUCUCCUCCCGCCCAGCAGCCUCAGUUCACAGUCAUCUCACCUAUCACUAUCACCCCAGUGGGUCAGUCGUUUUCCAUGGGUAAUAUUCCAGUGGCCACCCUCAGCCAGGGCUCCAGUCCUGUGACUGUCCACACCCUGCCUUCUGGUCCUCAGCUCUUUCGCUAUGCCACAGUGGUCUCCUCUGCCAAGAGCAGCUCGCCAGAUACAGUGACCAUCCACCCGUCAUCUAGCUUAGCGCUGCUAAGCUCCACUACCAUGCAGGAUGGGAGUACCCUGGGCAAUAUGGCCACCAUGGUGAGCCCUGUGGAGCUGGUGGCCAUGGAGUCUGGCCUCACCUCAGCAAUCCAGGCUGUUGAAAGCACCUCGGAGGAUGGGCAGACCAUCAUUGAAAUUGACCCAGCCCCAGACCCUGAGGCUGAAGACACUGAGGGCAAAGCAGUCAUCUUGGAGACAGAGCUGAGGACUGAGGAGAAAGUAGUGGCUGAGAUGGAAGAGCACCAGCAUCAAGUCCACAACGUGGAGAUUGUGGUCUUAGAGGAUUAACUGGGAUCUUGGGCCAGGAGCUAUGUUUUGGUUUGGAAUUUUAAUUAUGUUUAUUUUUAUCAUUGUCCCACUCAUUUCCACAUAGAAUCCUUUUUUAAAAAAAACAAAACAAAACAAAAAUCUUGUUGUAACUGAAA